AACCCCCCAUGACGUCAUGUCCACUUUAGGCAAACACGGGACUUUAGGAGAGCGUAUCUACAUUGCGGUUAAAAAAAGUAAAGGCCAGCGUAAACCGUAGACGUUUAUACAGGUGAAUACGGACAAAAGUAUAUUUAUUAUAUUUCAUUUUCGCCGUCCGGACACAUUUCUAGGAAAUGAAUUUCGAGCAGCCCCCUCCAUACCCGGGCGGUGGCCCAACUGCUCCAGGCUAUCCAGCACAGGGCCCACCCCCCCAGGGCUACCCACCUCAGGGCUACCCGCCACAGGGAUACCCCAGCUACCCAGCGGCACAAAUGGGGCCUGGAGGGCCGUAUCCAGGGCCAGGACAGCCUCCGUACCCCGGCCCAGGACAGCCUCCUAUGCAGGGGUAUCCCGGACAACCUCAGUUUGGCUGGCAGGGCGGGCCCCCUCCUGGCCCAGUUUAUGGGGAGGCUCCUAAGAACACAGUGUACGUGGUGGAGGACAGGAGGAGGGACGACACCGGAGACACAUGCCUGACCGCCUGCUGGACAGCCCUGUGUUGCUGCUGCCUCUGGGAUAUGCUGACAUAAUGCAGUUUACCGCCGCUUUGCUCUCAUUACCCUCCACCUCUGAACCCCCCCCUCUCAUCACCCCUCUCCCUCCAUCUGCCUUAAACAUCCCGUCCUCUGAAAGUCUUGUUUAUGUCCAUAAAUAAAAGCCUUGAUCCCGUAGGGAAGCCUUGUUCAAGAGUCUCUUAACAUGAGAAGCGCUGACUGAUCUGUCCAGGUGCUGGACUGUAGCGGCUUGUAUUUAACGAUUCAGCACCAAAACCCAUCGGGUGUCUCGGUACACACACACGGAAAUAGAGAUUUACACAGAAAAAUGCAUAGCAAACACUGUAUGUCAAUCUCAGGCUCGGCUAUUGUGACUCUCUUUGGCACUUUACAAUAAUUACCUCUGUAAAAUAAAAGCUUUGACUUCUUUUAAUCAUCUACCGCUCUGUUUAAACACUCCUCAGCUGUGCUAUCGACAAAGUCCAAGGGGUAAUUCUUCUUACACGGCUCGGUCUGGAAGUCCAGCCAUGCCUCGGCUGUUAAUGAGCCACGAGGUGAACUCCGGAAGCUGAUGCUUGGAAUGUCACCCCUCCAUGCCUUUUUUGUUUUUAGCUGUUUUGUAUGGAAUCAUAUGGACGUACAUGGAAUGCAUUUUUAAAAUUGACUGAGAUUUGUGUUUGAUGUUAACAUGUAAAUUCUGCUAUGUUUUUGUGCUCAAAUACAAAGAAUCGUCCCUGUUUUUUUUUUUUUUUUAAAUGACAUGCCUUGAAAAUAAAGAGGAAUAAUAAUAAAGGAGUAAUGAAUAAGAAACCAUAUUAAAAUGUUUUUUUUUUUGCAUUGGUUGGGAGUCCUAUAUUAAAGUACGUUACUGCAUCAAUGGUA